GGGAAGGGUAUCAAUGCAAAAGCCCCACCUGUUUUCCAGAAGUAAUCAAGUAUAUGGCAAGCAGCAGCUCUUUUCCCCUCAUUAAUUUGUUUUUCUUUUUUUUCCUGUUGUACGGAGGGGGAGACUCAGUUCUGGGAAAUUGUAUAUCUGUAUAUGGGUGUGGCAUCUUUCCAAUCUUUCCUUCGAAUUUUGGAUUUAGUUCUCAUUCCCUCUCUCUGUUCUCACCCUCGUGCCUUUCAUUCCACUCUUGUUUGAAUUAGACCUUGGCCUUUACUAGUAUUAUAAUCGUGCUUUUGUUUGGAACGCCAGCACAUCCUCCCCGCUGCUAGCGAAGCAAACGCGGUCCCGCCAGCCGUUGGGCAUCACAAUCCGCAUAUUCUUUUGACUGCACACCACCUGACAGCUCAGCCUCAGCCCUAAGCCUGUCUUACUGCAAGCCAAAUCCGUCCAAUGCGUUCCGAGUAACCGUCGCAAUUCGUUGCAGUUGGACAAGUGGCAACGCUGCCAUCCGUCGCCUGUCUCCAGUUUUCCCGUCUCUCUCGCUCCCGGCUUGCGUCUAGUCCAAAUCCCAAGAUGUACUAUAUCCUUUACCUGACCAGCCUCUGCCGCCGCCGCAACUGGCCCGAACCAAUCUACAACGCCUACACUAGUAGCAGCGGAUACACAUGCACCGUGCGUGUCAAUAAUCGCGAGUACCGAACAGACAGUACCUGCAGCAACGAGACGCUUGCGCGCGAGAGCGCCGCCAUGUGCGCCUACCUCAUCUGCCGCAAUUUCUCCGUCAACGACGGCAUGUACCCUGCAGGGCAUGACCACGGCGGCGCUGUGCAGGGCAUGCGUGUUGCCAUUGGCGCGGGACGGAAGCCUGCUCGUGAGGAUGAUGUGCUUUCUUUGGGGUCUGUGAGUGGGAGUGGGAGUGAUAGUUCGCGGGGUGGGAGUUGGAGUGGGGGGAGUAGUCCCGUUAGGGUUGGAAUUGAGGGAGAUGGGAGGGGUGGGUUUGGGGGCAGGGUUUGA